AUCUUAUAUUCAAGUUAAAGAAUUACCUAAUCUUGAAAAUUAUAGAAUCAAGAUCAACACUUCAUUUAACUCUAAUGAUGUUCUUUUAGAUUUUAAAGAUGAAGUAGAACUUGAACUUCCACCUCUAACUAAUACAUCUCCUCUAGAUUCUCCUUUUAUAGAGGAUAGAACUCUCAUUUUUGAUACUUUAUAUAAGAUGUGA